AUGGCUCACGGCGCCAGCAGAUAUAAGAAGUCUAGGGCGAAGAUGAGGUGGAAAGUGCUGGAAGAAGAAGCGCACCAGGAGAUUGCAGCGCAAGAGAAGAAAGAUGAGACAAAGGUCAAGGUGAACGAGAAGGAAUAG